AGCUCCACUUGUUACAAUAGUCGAAAUAAGGGUUCCGGUGGCAGACGGGCAUAAUAAGCCAAGUAGAUUCUUAGAAGCGCUUCCGCUCCACUGCGCUUGCGUUUCCCUUCCCAGCUGACUCUUCACUUCUUGAUAUCGUUCGCUCGUCGUCUCCAACGAUGAGCACGAUGACUGACUCUAACCAGCAGGGUCUUUCUUAUCCAUUUCUUUCUCAUCUUAUUGCACUGCUAUCAGCCUACGAACUAUGUCCUAUGUCUACGCCACACCCACGAUAUGAUGGGCCUGCAGAUUGGCAGACAGACACCAUCCUGCGCUCUCUUGAAGCCGUUGCACGAAGAAUGUAUACUGCGGAGGAGACUUUGGCUUCGAUCAAAGCUUCGGAGUGUUGGCAAACUAAUGGGCCAGAGACAAAGAAAAGACGCAGUUCCAGCACCAAUACCAACACCUCAAAUUUACCGCCCACCGCAGAAUCAAAUGAUGUCGACAUGCAGGAGCCCGAUAGCACACAUGAUGUCGAUCGCAUACCAGGAAACAAACAACACUCCGCUCGCGCAAGCUCAAUGUCCUUAUCACUCGACGGUAUCCCAACUCAUAUUGAUGUUGCAACUCUCCUUCGGUCAUUUAACAAUGGAAACUCGGCAUCGGCAUCGGCACCCCCCACCUCGCACAUCGAACAUAUGGCUUGCCCAACAUGCGGAAAGGCUAUCACCGACACUUUGACUAUGAGCCGGAUCAACAGCUCCUUUGAUGGCUCACCCUCUGGAUCUCCUCUUGUCGUCCCUCCUGGUCCUCUUGCUGCUGCGGCGUUCGAAAGCGGCAUGAGCGCCGUCGAAGAACUGAGGCUGCUCAAGGCUCAGGUUCAAGAUGUCGCUCGUGUGUGCAAUGCUGUGGCCAGAGGUGACUUGUCCCAGAAGAUUACGGUUCCCGUCCAGGGUGUGGUUAUGGUUCAAUUGAAGGAUGUCAUAAAUACUAUGGUCGAUAAAUUGGGACAGUUCGCCAAAGAGGUCACUCGUGUCAGUCAAGAAGUCGGUACAGAAGGUAAACUCGGUGGACAGGCUCUCGUAUUGGAUGUCGAAGGUACCUGGCGGGAACUGACUGGCGUCGUCAAUAAAUUAGCCGCCAAUUUGACCAAUCAAGUCCGAAGUAUCGCCAAGGUCACUAAAGCUGUCGCGUUGGGAGAUUUAUCAAAACAGAUCGAUGUCGAUGCUCGCGGCGAAAUCCUUGAUUUGAAGAAUACUGUAAACGGAAUGGUCAUCCGACUUCGUGCAUUAGCCGCUGAAGUCACUCGUGUCACAUUGGAAGUCGGCUCUCAAGGCAAGUUGGGUGGUCAAGCGCAUGUGCCAGAUGUCGAAGGUGUUUGGUUCGAGUUGGUUCGCAAUGUCAAUCGGAUGUGCUCAAGCUUGACGGAUCAAGUGCGCUCUAUCGCCAAAGUCACAACCGCCGUGGCCAAGGGUGACUUGACGCAGAAGAUUGAGAUCCAAGUCGAAGGCGAAAUGUCAACUUUGAAGGGCACUGUCAACUCCAUGGUGGACCAGCUGAGCGCCUUUGCAUCAGAAGUCACUCGUGUCGCGCUUGAAGUCGGUACGCAAGGUAUAUUGGGUGGCCAGGCCCGCGUAGAAGGUGUGCAGGGCACAUGGGCUGACUUAACACGCAAUGUCAACAAAAUGGCUAGCAAUUUGACUGACCAAGUACGAUCGAUUUCGGAGGUCACAAAGGCUGUCGCGUUGGGCGAUCUAAGCAAAGUCGUCAACGUCGAUGUACAGGGAGAAAUGCUGGAUUUGAAGAUGACUGUUAACUCUAUGGUUGCCCAAUUGUCUACGCUCGCCAACGAAGUCACUCGUGUGUCUUUGGAAGUCGGUACAGAAGGUAUCUUGGGUGGUCAAGCAUAUGUCCCCGAUGUACAGGGCAUGUGGAAGGUUCUUACAGAUAAUGUCAACCUCAUGGCCAUGAAUUUGACCAACCAGGUGCGAUCAAUUGCAGAAGUGACGAAGGCUGUCGCUGGUGGCGACUUGACAAAGAAGAUCGAAGUCGACGUGCGCGGCGAGAUCAAGGAGUUGAAGGAGACUGUCAAUGGCAUGACCGAAAGCUUGAGUCUCUUCGCCGAUGAAGUCACUCGUGUCGCAAGAGAAGUCGGCACGGAAGGACGAUUGGGAGGUCAGGCUCGUGUAACUAACGUCGGUGGUACAUGGAAGGACUUGACGGACAACGUGAACGUCAUGGCUGCUAAUUUGACUUUACAAGUCAGAACGAUUGCUGUCGCAACCACUGCUGUCGCUCGCGGAGACUUGACUCAACAAAUCACUGGUGUCUCCGUGUCCGGAGAGAUGCUGAGCUUGGUCAACACUAUCAAUGACAUGAUUGCCCAGUUGGCGAUCUUCGCCAAGGAAGUCAAGAAGGUAGCCUUCGAAGUCGGUACAGAGGGUAAACUGGGUGUCCAGGCUGAAGUGGGCAACGUCCAGGGUAUCUGGCAAGAAAUCACCAUGUCCGUCAACACUAUGGCCGGGAACUUGACUACGCAAGUCCGUGGAUUCGCUCAAAUCUCGGCAGCUGCUAUGGAUGGUGACUUCACUCGUUUCAUCACUGUCGAGGCCAGCGGAGAGAUGGACUCUUUGAAAACACAGAUUAAUCAGAUGGUCUUCAAUUUGCGUGACAGCAUCCAGAAGAAUACCGCCGCGAGGGAGGCGGCUGAGCUGGCGAACAGGAGUAAAUCUGAAUUCCUGGCGAACAUGUCGCAUGAAAUCAGAACGCCAAUGAACGGAAUUAUCGGCAUGACGGAACUCACUCUUGACUCUGAUUUAAACCGAUCACAAAGGGAAAGUUUGCUCCUAGUGCACUCAUUGGCUCGCUCGCUGCUACUCAUCAUUGAUGACAUUUUGGAUAUUUCGAAGAUUGAGGCCGGUCGAAUGACCAUGGAGGCUGUCUCGUACUCCCUCCGUCAAACAGUAUUCGGGAUCCUCAAGACCCUUGUCGUUCGUGCAUCACAAAACAACCUGGAUCUCACAUAUGAUGUCGACCCGGACAUUCCUGAUCAACUUAUCGGUGAUUCACUACGUCUUCGUCAAGUCAUCACGAAUUUGGUUGGCAACGCCAUCAAGUUCACUCCGUCCAAGGUCUCCCGCAAGGGCCAUGUUGCUCUAAGCACGAGGCUACUGGCGCUGGAUGACUCGAGUGUGACCCUAGAAUUCUGUGUCACUGACACGGGGAUCGGUAUCGCCAAAGACAAACUAAAUCUCAUUUUCGACACCUUCUGUCAAGCAGAUGGUUCCACGACAAGAGAAUAUGGUGGAACCGGUCUGGGUCUUUCCAUCUCCAAGCGCCUCGUCAACCUCAUGCAAGGCAACAUGUGGGUGGAGAGCGAGGUCACGAAGGGAAGCAAGUUCUUCUUCACGAUCACAUCGCAGAUUUCCCAAAGUACGCUGGAGACCACACUGCAAAAGAUGCAACCAUUCCAGAAGCGUGCUAUUUUGUUCGUUGACACCCUCAACGACACGACUGGAGUUGUCCAACGGAUCCAGGAGCUAGGACUGAGACCAUAUGUCAUCCAUGAUGUCAGCGAGGUAGCCGAUAAGGAGCGGUGCCCGCAUAUCGACACUAUCGUUGUGGAUUCAUUGAGCAUGACUGAAAGUAUCAGGGAAUAUGAGCACCUGCGCUACAUUCCCAUUGUAUUAUUGGCGCCUUCGAUGCCACGUCUGAACCUUAAAUGGUGCUUGGACAACAGCAUCAGCUCGCAGGUUACGACCCCCGUCACGGCCCAAGACCUUGCUUCCGCCCUCAUUUCUGCCCUGGAGUCGAAUACUGUCUCACCCGUCUCGGCACCGAAUGACAUCGUCUUUGACAUCCUCCUGGCUGAGGAUAACAUGGUGAACCAGAAACUAGCAGUCAAGAUUCUGGAGAAGUACGGUCACACAGUCGAGAUCGCGGAGAACGGAAGUCUAGCUGUCGAUGCUUUCAAGGCACGGAUACAACAGAACAAGCCAUUUGACAUUAUCCUGAUGGAUGUAUCAAUGCCUUUCAUGGGAGGAAUGGAGGCGACUGAGCUCAUCCGAGCGUAUGAGAUGCACAAGGGACUGCUGCGGAUUCCUAUCAUUGCUCUCACUGCUCACGCUAUGAUUGGUGAUCGCGAGCGAUGCCUGCAGGCAGGUAUGGACGAUCACAUCACCAAGCCCCUUCGUCGUGGAGAUCUUUUGAACUCGAUCAACAAGCUCGCAGGCGAGCGCGCACAGCUAGCCAAGCAGCAUCACCUCCUCCACCGACCACCUGCUCUCAUGGCACCAUGACUGAUGCUUUUCUGCAUGAUUUCAUUGUUUCAGGUUUUGUAUACCCUUGUUUGAUGUCGAUUCCGGUUUGUCGAUGCUUCUAGUAACGUUUAUGGCUUUCCAAUGCUACCCCACCCAUGUCAAAUUAAUCUGUACGAUAGCAUGUUCAUUUCUUUUGUUACACUGUCUCAGACUCGUUGGGUAAUCUCAUAUUCGAACCCCCUGUAUGUUGGCGUAUAAUGUUGGGUUCAUCCUAUGUACGGGAAGACUAUGGUUUGGUCUGGCUACUGGAGGCUAGGUUCACGGUGGUUUUAGGUCUUUAUAGGUGUCUUGUCAAUUAUAGAUGAUCAGUUGGAGUUGAUUGACGUUGAUGAGAUGUUGUGAAGGUGCAGUGCCCACUCGUUUAUGUAGCAUCCCCAAGAUCCCUUAAUAGAUUCUCUUCGCCGAGAUCCAAAUUUGAACUCGAA